AUGUCUUUGUUCACCAAUCUUGUCCCUACGCCUCUCAAGACGUUGGAAAAGCCCACGGAUACGCCUCAUGCGGCACUGGACUCUAUAUCCACCGUUGGGUCCCACUCUUGGAUGGAAAUAGAUGGAAAGCCUACUCUAGCUAUUCCAGGCAAGUUACCCUUUUUGGUCACAGACAAAGGAACUCAGUAUAUCGAUCAUAACGGUGCCAAAUGUGAAGAGGCGGAUGCGCACCGUCUCGCACCUGUCAUUCAAUCCGUCGAACAGUGCAGUCCCAAUUUUGACUUCAAAAAUGUCAAUUUGAUCUGUAAUCGAAACAACAUCCGGAAUCUUCUCCGUUGGCUUGAAGGGACUUUAAAGAAGGAUUUCCGGAUCGACAUGCAUUUGGUGAACGAUGGCAAGACCAUCGUGAUGCAAGAAUACGAAUUGAAAUGUACAGAAGACAUCGAUCCGAUUGUUCAAUUUAGAGGAUUUGGGGACAACUUUCGUGCCAGGAAACUUGGACAGUUUAACGUCUUGAUGGCGCACAAGGUUGAAGGAUAUGUUACGAGGCACCAGGUUAUCAAGGAUGAUCUAGAGGAUGAACUUGACAGUCUCACGUCAGCUCUCAAUACAGUCCGUUUAACUGGGGCAUCUUCUACUGGUACUAUUCCAACGAGUUCCGAAGGGGCUCGAGUAAAUGUCCAACAGACAAGUGAUGGGUUCCGAGAGUAUGGCUUUGUGGAGAUCAAGACCAUGUCUGGCUGGAAAGAGAUCGACUGGAAGGAAUGGUAUCCACAGCUUUACCUGUCGCAGACAAAAUAUCUAUACGUCGCGCGUCACACACGUGGGACAUUCGAUAAGAUGGAAAAGUUCAAAGUCACGGAUCCAGAGGUCGAAAAGAUCUACAAGGAAAAGAUGGAGGAUUCUCUCGGAAGACUCUUAGAGUUCCUUCGCCGACUCUUUGCUGCAGCCAAGAGAUCCGGAAAUGGACCUUGGGCCCUCUUGGGGAUUCAACAUGACGAAGGCGACUUGAUCCUCCCCACAAUCACUUCUUGGAUAUCACCGAUGGUAACGAGGACCGUCAAGGAUAAGACAGACAAGCAAGCACGACGAAAGGGCGCAUCGAAAGCGGCGGGCAAGCUUCGAAAUAGAAAGCGUCCAAAGGUGCCAACUCCAGGCUCCGACUUGUUAGAGCCCUGGCAGCAGCGGCUGAAGGCAGAGACGAGGGAAAAUGACAAAUGGGACCUCAAAGAGAUAUUCUGGACAGAGGAAGACAAGUUCCAAGUCG